CAUAAUAGAAAACUGCUUUCGGUUUUUCUCUGGCGCCAAGGGAACUGUACAACUUUUCUCUUUAGGUUAAACGAGUUCGGUUAAACAAGCUAAAUUUUACGAUUGCAUGUUAGAUGCGGUAUAUUAAGCGUUAAAAAGUACCUGGCUGAUCGGCAUUUCAUUUUAAUUCGCGGUUCAAGGUCUGUUAUCAGACACGAUGAGCAGCUUUGAGGCCCAGUUUGUGGAUGGCCACUUCGCUGAGCUUGUUCAGAGGGUUACCUCAGUGAUGGCAAUAGCAGAUGAACUAAAGAAUAAGAAAAUGAUACAUAAUGAAAAAUAUUCAGAGAUUAGAGCAGAAAAAACAGACCAGGGCAAAAUGAGAAAGCUCUUUGAAGCACUAAAUGCUGGAGGAGACAGAGUGAAAAAUGACUUCUAUUAUGCUCUGAGAAAUCAUGAACCAUACCUCUUCAAAGAGCUGGGAGGUGGUGAAGCGAUGGAUUACAUCGAUGGCCACCAGAACAACCAGCUACAGUUAAACUGAAGACCGAAGACCUCUGCAACCAAGACACGCAAACAGACAUCACUUGGAAAAUAAGAUGCAGCUGAAGAUGAAGAAAAUUCACACAUUUGAAAAUUGUCACCAGUUAUUCUCCCUAAUGUCACUGAAAACCCACCUUUUCCCAUAAUUACUUUGUGUUCAAUAUGAAUAUAUAUAUAUAUAUAUAUGUGUGUGUGUGUGUGUGUGUGUGUGUGUGUGUGUGUGUGACCAUGGACCACAAAACCAGUUUUCAAAAUUGAGAUGAAUAAAUAAGCUUUCCAAUGAUGUAUGGUUUAUUGGGGUCGGACAAUAUUUAAAUACUGAGAAAAUCUCCUUUAAAUUUGUCCAAAUUAAUUCUUAGCAAUGCAUAUUACUACUCAAAAAUUAAGUUUUGAUAUAUUAACGAUAGGAAAUGUACAAAUAAUCGUCAUGGAACAUGAUCUUUUCUCAAUAUCCCAAUGAUUUUUGGCCUAUUUUUUUUUUUAAAUAAUUUUUACCCAUACCAUGUAUUUUUGGCUAUUGCUAUAAAUAUACCCCAGAGACUUAAGACUGGUUUUAUGGUCCAGGGUCACAGGGUUUUCCUUAGGCAAAAUUUUUUAACCUUUUUAUGCAGUUUUUUAAUGCUAAAAUCACAAUAGUUUAUACAUCAUCAUCCAUAGCUAUUUAGCCAAAUCGUUAUAUUAUAUUUUUGAAUUAAGAAAAAAAAAAAAAUAUAUUGCAGUGCUUGCAAACAUCAUGAUAUUCUGUUACACUGCAAAUUAUACAUUGUGGGUUUUUUCUCUCCAAAUACAGGUGUUGAACUUGUGUUAUAUAUAUAUACACCUACUUUUUUUUUUUUAAGUACACCCACUUUUUAAUACAUUUAUGAUUAAAUUUAAAUCAAGGAAACUCAUCCAUUGACUUGCAUCAGUGAUGUUAUAAUUCUUGUGAAUGGUUAUAUACUUGCUUUUAUGUAAUUUAGAGCUGCAUUUGUAAAGUUGAAUGCAUUUAUAUUCUUCAUUUUCUUUCAAACUGCGUUCAAAUAAUGUGCUUCUCUUUUCACUGGAUUCCCUUCUCAUUGAUAAAUUGAUAGCUUUGUGAAUUGGUUUACACAUUUCAUUUUUAAUUUUGUAAUUUGCAUUACGUUUUCUUACCUGCCAAAUAAUUUAAUUUGAUUAUUCUGGAUACUGAUAUGUCAAAAGAUUGCAAGGUGUCUGAUGUUACUGUACUUCAGAUCUAUCCCCAAGGUUUAAGCAUGAGUCCAUGAUUUGAACGGAGCAAAAAAACAUUUCAGAGAGGACUUUUUCAUUACUUCGGAACCGCAUACUAGCAUAGCCUGUAGGCCUGUGCUCUUAUAUAAAAUAUCUUUCUAGGGCAGGAAUGAUGAGGGACGUUUUGUGUGGAUUUGAAUUCUGCAUCUGUCUUUCUUCUCACUUGAAUGGAUGUAGCUAUAGAACUAGCUUCAGCUACUUAUAAGCAAACAGUAGUUCUGAUAACUGGUAAGAGAGGUGAACUGCGAGGUUGGUUAGUUCUAUAGGGGGAGAUCGGGUUGUUUUAACAUUUUUUUACAUUUCUGUGUGUAUCUUGGAGUUCUUCUAAGCCAGUGCAUUCAAAGUGUCUGCUAUUAAAUGCUGUAGAUGUUAGUCUUCUAAAAAAACAACCAGCCCAAACUUGCCUGGACAUUUGUUUCUCAAAUACAGAACCAGAAAACCACUUGAUCUUCAUUUCUUGAGAUGCAGUCUGAUACCAUGACUGAAAAAAUCUAGUGACCAUAAUGUCUUAAAGGAAUCUUCAGUUUAUUUAGAAUAAAUUAGUGUUAGCUGGGAUGGUUGACUGAAUCUGGAGAGUUUUAGAGUUUAGGCUGCUGUUGUUCUGCCUUGUGCAUGUUUACAGAAAAAUGGCUGAAGCCAGUAUUUCAUGGGAUGAGGAUCGGGUCAUCUGUACAAUCUGUCUGGAUCUACUGAAGGAUCCAGUGACCAUUCCCUGUGGACACAGCUACUGUAUGAAGUGUAUUACAGGUUACUGGGAUCACGAUGAUCAGAAGAGAGUCUACAGCUGCCCUCAAUGCAGACAAACCUUCACUCCAAGCCCUUUGUUAGGUAAAGACAAGAGGACUGAAAAACAGAAAAAAGAAAAAGGACCUACUUAUUGCAUAUGCUUGGCAGCUUCUUAUGAUCUGGACUAUGGUGAAAUUGAAGCGUUCAAGGGUUACUUACAACCUAGACUUACAAGAGAUGACCUACAAAGACAGGUGAUGAAAAUAUAUGGAAGAGGACAGAGCAACAUGAUUUGUUGGUACAAGUCUUCAGUCUUUGACAAAUCUAAGUUAGUGGCAGAGUGUAAUCUUGAUGAACGUGUGUAUCUGGCCUUCUGUUAUACUGAACCAGUGAUCAUUCAGAAGAGCAAAGAGCAGACUGAGAAAUACUAUCGUGAACAUGUGAGGUCUGUGGAUGCUUCAUCUCAUCUGUUAUCAAAUGACAAGAAUCACAGCAUCAGAAUAGACCAGCUGUUCAGUCCGGACAGUGAUGAAAACACACCGAAAACUGUGAUUCUCAGUGGAGAUUCUGGAAGAGGGAAAUCCUUCACGCUACAGAAGAUCAUGUUGGACUGGGCUUCUGGAGAACUUUACUCUGAAAACUUUGAUGUAGUUUUUCUUCUGAAGUUUGAAGAGCUGAAGUGUAUUUCUGAGGAGAUGAGCUUAUUUGAGCUUUUGAGCUGGAGUUGCAGCUUAAAAUCGUAUCAGAUCUCACAGAUACUGGAGUUAACAACACCAGAGAAAGUCCUCUUCCUCAUUGAUGGAAUUGAUGAAUAUGUAUCUCAUCCACCCAGUCAUUCGAUGUUAGUACUCACUAAUCCAUCUCAUAGAGCCCGACCCAUGGACAUUCUUAGGAGCGUGUUAAAGGGAAUCUUGCUGCCUGAGUCAUUCAUUCUUGUCACCACAAGAUCUCUAGCUGCUGAUGCAGUGAUGAACCUCCUCAAGGGUCCUCAGCGUUUCACUGAGAUUAUGGGCUUCUCUGAGAGAGGGGUGCAGGAGUACUUCCAGAAGUUCUUUCAGGAUGAACAGCUCUUCAGGAAAAUGUAUGAGAGAGUGAAGAUAAAUGAAAACCUCCUGACUGCCUGCUCUGUGCCUUUGCUGUGUUGGAUGGUCUGUUUUUGUCUGAAGAAACACUUAACAGAUGAUGAUCGUGUGAUGAGAGAACUAAAGACAAACACCUCCAUAUAUGUGCACUUUGUGUCCACUCUACUGGAGCAUCAUGACCAGAGUCAGUCUGUCCUCACCAUGCUGAGGAGUCUGGGUCAGCUGGCAGAGAGAGGAAUACAAAAUCAACAAGUCUUUUUUGAUGAAAAGAGUGUAGCCAAGACUGGCUUAGAUCCAGCUACUAAUUUGUUCUUAUAUAAAGGUGACCUUAGAGAAAAACAUGAACCAGUUUAUAAGUUUAUCCAUUUCAGCUUUCAGGAGUUCUUCGCUGCGCUUAAUUAUGUGUUGUUAGAUGAAGAAGUGUCCUGGUGGAAAGUCAGUGAGCUGUUUAAAUUGAUGGAAUCAGAAGCUUUAAUUUGCUGGUCAUCUCCUGUUUUGAGAAGUAGACUAUCAAAUCCCAUCCCUUCAGUCAUGAUGUUUCUCUGUGGUCUCUUAAAUGAGAAGGUGAGCAGCUCAAUCUUUCAAAAGAUCAGGUUAACGGUUCCUCACACCAUGAAACUGAAAAAAAGGGAACUAAAGAAAAAGUUGAUGAAAAGGAUUACUGCAAUGACACGGCAGUAUGGAUUUGAGCUGUUUGCUCUCCACUGUCUGUAUGAGUUCAAGGAUGAGAGAUUUGUCAUGGAAGCUCUUAAAACACACAACCUCAUGGAUCUGUCUAACAUUACUCUGAGGAGCACAGAUUGCUGGGUGCUGCUGUACUGUCUUCAGUGCUGUCCAAACAUCAGAUACCUGAACCUCAUGUACUGCGAUUUAACAGCUGAGAAACUCAAGAUUCUUCAGCCAGCGCUCUGUAUGUGUGAGAAUCUGAGGUUUUCAGUGGAGUACCUGUCAGAAGUUGGAGAUUUGAUCCAGAUUCUCUGGGAAGCUGAAAUCUUGAGAGAACUGAAAGUUCAGGAAGAUGAGAACAGUUCUGAAAGUCCCAGAUUCACUCGUGGAGAUGUCUUGUUGUCUUUGAGCUCCUCGGAGAAGAAUCCGUCAUUUCCAGCAGUCUUGAACAUCAGUCUUACAUGUCCACAAUCAGAGUUAUCCAGCACUGACUGGACACUCUUCUUACAGAGACUCAGCAAGACAGGAAAAGUAGCAGACGAUUCUUCAGCUCUUGAUGAGCAUGUCAGUUUGUUGCUGUCUUCAUUUCACUCUGUGGGUUUGAAGACGUUGAAUCUGAAGCUGGUCAGUCUGAAUAAGAGCUGGGCUUCUGGGAUUAUUUCUCUUGUCAAGACCUGCACCAGUCUACAGCAGCUCAAUGUCUGUGUCACUGGAUUGCUUUUGGAGGAGGGUCUCACAUUACUGAAGAAAUCACUGACAGAUCCACACUGCACUGUGAUCAUUAAAGGGAGGAAGUGCAGUAAACCCACUGACCAGUGCAAAGAACAGGACUGGAGUCACAGCUGUAAUGAGAAAGUGAAGAUUCACCUCGAACCAAAGGUUUUGGAAGAGCUGGAAGAUCUGAACAUCUCUGAGCCGGAACCAUCUGACAUGAAUCUUUACUGUCAGUCUUGUGUUCACAUUGUUGACUCUGAUCAGUGGGUUCAGGUGGAGCCGUCAGUCUGUACAGAUGAAGGAGGCUCAGAGUUCAGGAUCAGCACUCCGGCGGGUCGAUUCGAGUGCAGCAGGACCAGAAUGCGAUGGAUCUGUGCUGGUGACAUCACUCUCCAGUAUCGUGCAGUGGAUGGAGGUUUCCUCAGUGAAGAGCUGGAGAGGCUUCAGUGUGAGAGAAUUGGUCCUGUGAUUGAUGUGACAGUGAUCUCAGGGAAACUGGAGGAGGCACAUCUACCUCAUUACGCCUGUUUAGCAGAGUCAGACCCCUCUCUCAGAGAUGCUGUGAAGCUCCUCACCAAAAGAGAUGAAGGAAUAUCUUUACAAUCUGUAGAGCUGAACCGUUAUCAUGCCAAAAUAGUCCAACCAUCCUUCUCUCUUACAUCUCUAAUCAUAAGCUGGUUCAUAAAGUGGGAAGAGCACUGUAAUCUUCUUCUGUAUAUGCGGUGUAAAGAUCCUCUCAUUCUUCACAUCUACUUUUUUCCAGUGAAUGACACUUGUUCAAAAGGAAAAGUUGAGCAGAAUGAAAAAUCCAGUCUUUUGAUUAGCCAUCCCAGACCUAACAGACCAUUUCGGUUGAAAACACCUCACCUCCUUGAGGUUCCUGGUGCAUCUGUCCAUCCCAUAGAGGGGAUUUCAUUUAGAACAGACAUUGACCCAAACUUCUUCAAGGUCAAGCAACAUCAGCAUGACGAUGUAAAAAUGAAUCUUAUCAGAGAGGAGGACGGAAAGUCUGUAUGGAAGGCUACAAUAUGGAAAGAAGAAUUUGCCGCCAUAAAUACAAGGCAAGUCCAAGAAGAACUGCAUCUGUGUUCUGAGUUUGAUAAACUUCAAUUCUUUGAGAAACACAGAUCAACACUCAUUAAAAGAGUUAAAAAUGUGAAGAGCAUUGCAGAUAAACUGUAUGAGCAGAGGAUAAUUCAUGAGGAACUAUAUUCUGAAAUCACAUAUACAAAUUUGACCAGUCAGGACAGCAUGAGAAAGAUCUGUUACUCGGUGCAUUCAAGUGGUGUGUUUGCAAAAGGUAAAUUCAUUGUGGUUCUUCAGGAAGAAGAGCCCCAUCUCUUUGAAGAACUUGUGCGUUCAGAUGCUUAAUGAUCUCUUAGUGGAUAUAUUGUUUUAGAUGGGCAACUGUAAAUAUGAACAGCCAAAAUAUGCUGAAUGAUUAAAUGUUACUGUUUAAUUCUAGAAUGUAAGAUAAAUUGAUUUCUGGACAGAACUUGAAUAUAAAUUGAAUGAAUUUUAUUAAUAAUAAUAAUAAUAAAUAAUUGGAGAUUACUUUUUAGGUACUAAUAUUUUUACUAACUAAAUAAGACAUCACUCAAAUGUUCAGCUUAACUAUACAUAAACGCAUAAAACAUCUAGACUGCUGAAGUAUAUUUUUUUCUAAUAAGAUUGUUGAAUAAGGUGAAUUAAUUUUUUUUAAUGCAAUUUUUUUUUCAGAUUCAGCUGUGUUGUAUUUGGCAUGGUUAAUGCACAUUUAUAGUUCAACCGCUUCUUUGGUAAACUGCAUUUUGACAUUACAAAUAAUAAAAAGUUAACAUUUUGAUAUGAGCAUA